GCACAAUAAGAUCUACAGUAACAAACGUGAAGCGCUGAAGCGAUUUCGAAUCUUCAGGCGGAAUCUGAAGGCAAUCCGCACUUGGCAAGAGAACGAAGAAGGCACGGCUGUUUACGGGAUCACACAGUUUUCUGAUCUUUCACCUGAAGAAUUCAAAAAGCAAUUUGAAGAAAGGCGCGUGGUACCGAAAUGCUGUAUCACCAGUGUGGUACAGCAAACGCUUGUGUAUUA